GUGAGCCAUUUUGUAGUCAGUUGCUUGAAGUGCAGGCGUCGGGAGCGUUGGUGCGGAGGGAAGCGGUGUACAGUUUGGUUGUCGUGCAGUCGUUUGUUGUAGCCGGAUUCGCUGAGACUUUCUUCCCUAGACGUCUGGUUCCUAUUUAGAUGGCAAGCUUUCCCGACUUUGUAAACGAAAAUGAAAUAGCAAGAUCUCGGAGCAUUGGGGAGCUGAUAUCACUGACUUCUCCGUUCGAGCAGAAGUAUGGCCGUGAAAAUUGGACAGUGGCUUUCGCUCCAGACGGCUCCUAUUUUGCUUGGUCUCAGGGUCAUCGUAUUGUGAAACUGGUUCCUUGGUCUCAGUGCCUUAAAAACUUUGCUGCUGGCAGUACAAAGAACAUUGUAAACUUGACAACUGGAAGACUAUCGAGACAGAACAGCGAUGCCGCACAAAGAAGCAGGCCUCAAGAGCAUUCCAUAGACUGCGGGGACAUUGUCUGGAGUCUGGCAUUUGGAUCAUCUGUACCAGAAAAACAGAGUAGCUGUGUGAAUAUAGAAUGGCACCGCUUCAAGUUUGGUCAAGACCAGCUGCUGCUUGCUACAGGGCUGAGCAAUGGGCGGAUCAAGAUAUGGGAUGUUUAUACAGGGAAGCUCCUCCUUAAUCUGAUGGAUCAUACCGAAAUUGUUAGAGAUUUGACUUUUGCCCCGGAUGGCAGCCUUAAACUGGUUUCUGCUUCCAGAGACAAAACUCUCAGGGUCUGGGACCUAAAGGAUGAUGGCAAUAUGAUGAAAGUGUUAAGGGGGCACCAGCACUGGGUGUAUUGCUGCACGUUCUCCCCCGACUCCUUAAUGUUGUGUUCCGUUGGCGCUGGGAAAGCUGUUUUUCUGUGGGACAUGGAUAAAUAUACUAUGAUCCGUAAGCUAGAAGGACACUUCAAUGAUGUGGUAGCUUGUGAAUUCUCUCCUGAUGGAGCUUUGUUAGCUACUGCAUCUUAUGAUACCAGAGUAUACGUCUGGGAUCCCCAUAUUGGGUCUAUUCUUUUUGAAUUUGGGCACUUAUUUCCCCCUCCAACGCCUAUAUUUGCAGGGGGAGAUAAUGGUCGCUGGGUGAGAUCAGUCUCAUUUAGCCACGAUGGGGUACAUAUUGCAAGCAUUGCCGAUGAUAAGUUGGUGAGAUUUUGGCGUAUUGAUCAGUCACACCCUGUUGAAGCUGCACCUCUAAAUAAAGGUCUUUGCUGUGCCUUUUCUACUGACGGCAGUGUUCUAGCUGCUGGAACUCAGGAUGGCAACGUACACUUCUGGGCUACACCCACUUAUGUUUCCAGCCUUCAGCACUUGUGUCGUAUGGCAAUAAGAAGAGUCAUGACUACAAAUCAUGUUCAAAAGCUGCCAGUGCCUCCGAAAGUUAUGGCAUUUCUCUCUUACCAAAUCAUAUAGGGAACUUUUGGGGGGUUUCUAGAAUCUAGUUCCAUUUGUUGGGACUGACGUUGUGCAAAUGUAUCGCAAGCUUUAUGCUUUAAGACUAGGGAAACACAGUGACCUUUUAAAGAGGUUCUUUCAUGGGUCCAGGCAUUAUGAAAUAAUUAGGGUGUUGUAUAGGGCAUAAUUCAUGGAUGUAAUAUCGCUUACUAGUGUGUCUGUACGGCGCUCCGUUCUCCCGCUGUGCCCCUGUUCACUUCUCCUACCUGGUAUGCAAAUGAAUAUAAUCGGUACAGGGAGGAGGAGACACCAGGGUUUCUCAAUGGGUGUCUCCUCCCUGUACCGAUGAUAUUAAUUUGCAUACCAGGUGGGAGAAGUGAACAGGGGCACAGCAGGAGAACACAGCGCCGUACAGACACUAGUAAGCAAUAUUGCAUCCAUGAAUUAUGCACUAGACAACCCCCAACUUAUUUCAUAAUGUCUGGACUCAUGAAAGGUCCUCUAACUGCAUGAAACCAAGCAAGUAAUGAUUGUCAAUGUGGUCGCGUUACUACACAUGUACUGUAGUGAAGCUUCUGCUGCUUUGUUUGCUUGCAGGACACAACUUACAAGCAGCUUUUCCAGUAUAGUUUGCUGCCAGUCACUUGCUACUCACCUGCGACUUGUCACCAAAUAUAUUUUUUGGUCGUUUUUUAACGGGUAUUGAAAUCCUAAAUCAUGCAAUUCUCGGCCAAAUUGCACCCUAAAGUAGUUGAACACUUUUUUUUUUUUUUGCACGUGAAGUUGCGCGACCAGUCACUGUGUAGCCCUAGCCUGAAUGUUACAACAUAUUUGAAUAUUCAAAGUGCAGUAUUUAAACCUAUUAUGCAUUUGUAAUCACAUCUGAGCUUUAACUGUGAUUUAGGAGUGUAUGACAUUCAUUGAAGUUAGAAAUGGAAUGUGGACUCAUGAAUUGUACAACUGUGAAACUGUAAAUAGGCGUAUGCUGUUGUGUGCUUUAAUAUUUUUUCUUAUAAUGGCUGGCUUGUAGUUGGUGUCCUCUUAUCUGUGUUAAAGCAGUAUGGUAAGUGUCUGUUGCGAGUUACUGUGGCACCUGGUGAUUUCAUGGUUGGAAAGAUAUCUGGCUAGGUUUAACUUUUUUACUUUUUUGAAAGAAAAAAA